CGGGGCAGCCGAGGCAGGCGGUGCCGAACAGCCCCACAGGCACCGGGACGGAGACAGCGAGGAGCCGAACAGGAUGGAGCCCACUUGGGAGCUGGCAGAUGACCCCAGGUUCUCCCGCCCUUUGGUGGAGAUGCUGAUCAGGAACUUCAGCGUGCCGGCCGCCUGCUUCUCCCUGCCGCCCACCUCCCAGCAUCUGCUGCACCAGCUGGACAUAGCCCAACUCAUCAUCCUGGGCCUCUGCACCAUCAUGACGCUGCUGUCAGUUGUGAUCUAUGUGGAAGAGGUUUCGUACCUCUUCCGCAAGAUCCGCUGCCCUAUCAAGAUGAAGACCCUCUGCUGGAGCAGCUCAGCCCCUACGGUUGUGUCAGUGAUCAGCUGCUUUGGCCUGUGGUUCCCGCGCUCCAUGAUGGUGGUGGAGAUGGCAACCACGGCGUACUUUGCUGUCUGCUUCUACCUGCUGAUGAUGGUCAUGGUGGAGGGCUUUGGGGGGAAGGAAGCACUGCUCAGCACCCUGAAGGAUGUGCCCAUGGUGGUCAGCACUGGGCCCUGCUGCUGCUGCUGUCCCUGCCUGCCCAAAAUCACCAUGAGCAGGAAAAAGCUUAAAUUGAUGAUCCUGGGGACUUUCCAGUACGCUUUCUUCAAGGCAGUCGCUGUCUUCCUGGGGCUGGUCCUGGCCACCGAUGGGAAUUACAACCCUGCUGACAUUUCAGGGGAGAGCGUGGCCCUCUGGAUCAACACCUUGAUUGGUGCCUCUGCCCUCUUUGGGCUGUGGGGCCUGGGCAUCCUCUUCCGGCAGGCCCGGCUGCACCUGGCUGAGCAGAACAUGCAGGCCAAGUUCACCUGUUUCCAGAUCCUGCUCCUCCUGACGGCACUGCAGCCUGCCAUCUUCAGCAUCCUGGCCAACAACGGCAGCAUUGCCUGCUCGCCGCCCUUCUCCUCCAAGGCCAGGUCCCAGCAGAUGAACGUGCAGCUGCUGAUCCCACAGACCUUCAUCCUGGCGGUGCUGACACGGAUGUACUACCGCAAGCAGGACGACAAACCGGGCUACCAGCCCGUGAGCUUCGCACCCGCAGGCUCCGACGCCAAGGCGUGAGCAGGAGGGAGACUGGAGUGCCAAGGGCAGAGUGGGGUGAGGGGUUGGUCUACCCUGCACAACCUUCUCCUCCUCCACUGGCCAUGGGGAGCUGCUGGCAGCAGCAGAGGCAGGAGGGGAAAGAGCAUCUUGGGACAGAAUGAAAGGUCUGAAACCUGAAAGCCAUAAGCCAAGGGGGUCCAUGGAGCCACCUCCAGCCCAGGGGCUCUUGUCUAGCACUGAGUAAAGAUAAAUAUUUACAAGAGUCUCGCA